GUGACCACUUCCUGUAAAGCUGAAGGGUGGGAAGGCGGAAGCUGGGUCCUACCGUGCUAGUACUUACCUCUCGCUGAGCAGUGGGACUGAUAUUUAUCACUCAACAUGCCGGCGUAUCACUCCGCCCUGAUGGUCCCCGACACCAGGAUGGUGGGGAACAUGGCUUUGCUUCCUCUUAAAACCCAGUUCAAGGGACCCGCCAGAGGAGACGGAAUAGAGUCAGACAUCAUUGAUGAGGCUAUCUACUACUUCAAGGCCAAUGUUUUCUUUAAGAACUAUGAGAUCAAGAAUGAGGCGGACAGGACGCUGAUCUAUGUCACACUGUACAUUUCCGAAUGCCUGAAGAGGCUACAGAAGUGCAGCUCCAGGAGCCAGGGAGAGAAGGAGAUGUACACGCUGGGCAUCACAAACUUCCCCAUUCCUGGAGAACCUGGCUUCCCUCUCAAUGCUAUGUAUGUUAAACCUGCAAACAAGCAAGAGGACGAGACAAUGAGAGCGUACCUCCAGCAGAUCCGCCAGGAGACCGGCUUGAGGCUAUGUGAUCGCGUGUUUGAUCCCCAGACAGACAAACCCAGCAAGUGGUGGGUGUGCUUUGUCAAAAGGCAGUUCAUGAACAAAAGUCUGUCAGCUCCUGGACAGUGAAUGACUCAGGACUCUGUUUCAAUUCCACACAUGGAAGAUGGGUGCAUUUUUCUUUUGGACGGGGGUUGGGGGGGGUCUGCUUCUGUGUUGCUAAAAUGAUUUUAUAAUCUUUGAAUUUAAGGACAUGUCUUCACUUGUUUGGAUGUUGACCAAAUUGAGCUGGUGCUUAAUUCAAUAAAGCAGUCAUGGAGAUUGGAAAA